AUGAAGAACUUCUUCGCCCUCCUUCCCGCGUUUGCCUUACUGGCAUCCGCCCAUCCUUACUUCGACCCCAGAUCUCUCAAGGAUGUUACUCCAUCCCAUGUUGAUCCAUCCGACAAUGAUGUUUCCUUUGAACACCUUGUCAAAAAUACCACCACUCCCGGCAUCGACAGCCUGCCCUCCUGCGCUAUUCCCUGCAUCCAAAUCGCCGUCAAGUCGGCAUCCAACUGCCAGCUUGAUGAUCUCCCUUGCCUGUGCAAACAGCGCGCAAAGAUUGCAGCGUCUGCCAAGAGUUGCAUCCUUCACACAUGUGGUGCCAAAAAGACCUUGAAAAAGGUCAGGCCCCAAGUGCAGGCCAUGUGCAAAGAGUUAGAUGCAAAGGAGGCAGAGAAAAGAAAAGCAGAAAAGAAGAAACUAAAGGAGCAGGAAAAAGCCAGAAAGAAGGCUGAAAAGGAACAAAAAGAAAGAGAUAAGGCGCAGAAAGAAGCUGAAAAGAAGAAGAAAAAGGAAGAAGAGAAGAAACGAAAGGAAAAGGAAAAGGAAGAGAAGAGGAAGAAGAAGGAAGAAGCGAAGAAAAAGAAGGAAGAGCAAAAAGAGUUCGAAAAGCACCAGAAGGAAGAAGAGAAGAGACUGAAGGAAGAGGAAAAGAAGAGAAAGAAGCAAAAGGAAGAGGAAGAGAAGAACGGGGGACAGAGUGAGAAGAGGGGAGAGACCGAUGAAAUGUGUGAGGCAGAGGAAAUGAAAAAGGCCGAGCAUAUUUGUGAGCACGGGGACUUGUGUAAGCACGGGGAAUUGUGUGGGCACGUGGAAAUGGGAGAGAUCGAGGAAAGGGGGGAAAUGAAAAAGGAGCCAACAUUCACGCUCGAAAAGGUGAAGGCGGCGCACACUUGGUGGAAGAUCGACAAGGAGCACCCUGUGAAAGGCGAGCCAUUCUAA